AAAUAAAGGAUACUAUAACUGUAUGAGGUAAGUACGAAAGUUAACCACUUAAUUUUUUUAAUGUAUAGGUACAUUUUGAUGAUUAAAAAAAAGAAUUAUUUGAAUUAGGUUUCUAAAUGAGAAACAAAAAAUAGCAAAUAGGCUAAUGAAUUGUAAUAAGAAUAUGUUGGGAACAAGAAUAUUGGCUGAUGGCAUGAAACAUUUUCUAAAAUUGCGCUUAGACAGUUUAUAAUUUAGGAUAUUAAAGAUUUUGCUUUGAACUAAGAAAGUGCAAUUAUCUAUGGACCUGUGUUUGAAGUUGAUUAUUUAUUAUACAGUUAUACUUUGAUCAUUUUAGUAUGUUUUGACAAGACAUAUAGAUUUUCCGACAGCCGCAAUAAUAAGAUUAACCUGACAACAUGUGGCUAAAGAUGGACAAAGAGCUUGUUUGUAUUCUUGGGCUGAGUUUAAGUUUCUUCUUCUUGUUUGCUGCCGACUUCACAAUGGUCAACAUGCAGAAAACAGUUACAUCAAGCAUAGCCAGUGAAAAAGCGGACUUCAGAGUUGAUGGAUACGUGGUGAUAGGAAUCGCUUAUAGUGUUUUCGCUGUAACUCUGUGGUUUGGUCCUUAUGUAACUCAUGCAUUGGGUCCAAAAAUCACAAUGGUUAUUGCUGCUGUGUUGUACCUUACUUACAUCGUUGCUUACCUCUUUGAGAACUCAUGGAUUAUUUACGCAAGUGCCGUGUCAGUGGGUCUAGGAGCUGGAAUACUGUGGCCUGCAGAAGGACAAUAUAUGAUUGGGAACUCUUCCAGCAAAAACGCGGGAAGAAACGUUGGCAUUUUCUGGCUUAUCUACAGCAGUUCGAGCAUGAUGGGGAACACAUUUGUUUAUUUUACCUUCCAUGAUAAAAUACACAUUGAUCAAGUGACAAGAAGAACUGCCAUUUAUAUUUUAACAGUUAUCAAUAUCAUAGCUAUUGUUGCAUUCUGCCUGUUGCCAAAGCCGUUGUAUGAACUCAAAUCGAAUGACUACGGUCCUUUCAAGACAAUGAAGCAGAGUUGGAAAAUAUUGACGUCCUCCAGAAUGAUAUGGCUUGUAAUUACUUUCUGUUACACAGGUUUAGAACUGUCUUUUUGGAACGGAAUCUACAGUCCUAGUAUUGGCUUUACUUUGGCUUUUGGAAACUCUGCCAAAGAAUUGGUUGCACUUAGUGGAAUCUUUAUUAGCAUUGGUGCUGUAUUGGGUGGACUGUGUCAGACUCUGCUGUCAAAUAGGUUGGCGAGGUACACUUGGGCUCGGAGGAUGGUUGUGUUGUUUGGAGCUUUGGCUCAAGGAGUGACAUAUCUCAUAACCUUCCUCAACCUCCCAGACAUGGCUGUGUUUGGUGACACGGAAGACGUCAGCAUUAUUAACCCUCCAAGUGCUGCCCUUGCCUUACUGGGCAGUUUCCUCAUCAACUUCGGAGAUGCUUGUAUAUCGACCCAGAUUUACACUUUUAUCGGAGACCAUUACAGAGACAACAUAGCUGAGUCCGUAGCCCUGUUCGCUUUUUUUAGGAGUGUAUUGGUAGCAGCAAGUUUCUACUGGUGCAGUCAUGUUGGUCUACACACUCAAGUCGCGGUGACUGCCACAGUCGCUGUGUUCGGAGUUCUGGCGUUCUUUGUGGCAGACAGAGAUGCUUCACAGCCGCUUGUUCAAUUGGAAGUGAAAAAUGUGUCAAAUAUGACUAAUGUUGAUAGUUAACGUUUUUACAUUUUUAUUGUGUUUAUACUACCCUAUGUUUUAUACUGCCAGGAAACACUAACCAGCUAAAAACCUGUGGAUCAAACAUCCCUCAUAAAGUUUUCAUUUGUAUGAAAGAUUUAUCAAUAAAAAUAAACACAACUUGUUUUGCACUUGAUUGUGAGUAGACUACUGCAAACUUAAAUAAACCAUAAUUACAGAGGCAUAAUUUAAAGUUAUAAUCUUACAGUACUAAAAUU